UGGGCAUCACUUAAACCCAGCAUUCCUCUUUUCCCGCUCGUCUCUCACCCUCUUUCUUUCCUCUACUAUUUCCCGCCUCACGCCGGUCGCACUGCGUAGCUGCCUCGGCCAGGGACAUCUGUCUUCACGAUUCCCGCGCUCCAUAUGCACUCGCUCAUUCGCUGCCGCUAGAUCUUUUGGACCCGCGCCGGACAAUACUCAAUACAACCGUUCUGUUUUUUAUUACCCGCGACCUCAGCGCGCGCGUAUCGCAAGCAGAAUGUCUUCCUCCGACGAUGAUACGCCUCUCGUGAGAGCUAAGGACGGAGCAAAGUCUAACGAGCGCAUCUCUAAAGACGUCGACAAAGCCAUGGACGCCCAGGUCCCCUCAAAUGGCCACAUCGAGCCAGGCAUCUCUAUUCGUAUGGGGCCUGUUGACGACAUGGACGUGGAUGCGCCAGCCACCAACGGCAAUGCCAACGGAAAGCGUAAAGCGCGGAAUAGCAUAACAAAUGGCAAAUCAUACAAGGACGCAAGCAGUUCUGAGGACGAUGACAAGCCACUGAGUAAGCGGCGGCGGACAUCUCAGCAGGCAAAGCUGGCCAAGGAUGACUCCGAGUCGGAACUCAGCGACGUGCCUCUCAAGGCCAGGGCUCUUCCGAAAGCUACCGCUGAACAGAUUGGGGAAUCAUCGGAUUCCGAUACACCAUUAAACACGAAGCUAGUGAAGAAGAAGGAAUCGAUUGAGAAGGCCGCCGCAAAGGAGGCCAAGGCCAUCCGUAGCAAGGAAAAGACGGUAGCCAAGCGCAAGCCGAAGAUCGAGAGCGAUAGCGACGACGAUGUGCCUCUCGCGAAGAAGAAGAUACCAGCGAAGAAGGCAAACGGUGUCAAGAAGCAGGAAUCCGACUCUGACGCGCCCCUGGCGAAGAAGCCCGCCGCAAAGAAGGCCAAAGCAAAGCCAGCAGCGGCGACGCCGGCGAAGAAGGGUAAAGCAAAGAAAGAGGAGACUGAGCAAGACCAGGAAGCCGAGGAUGAGGAAGACGAGUACCGUUGGUGGGAGAACACCGCCAAAGGCGAUGGCACGAAGAAGUGGGACACUUUGGAACACAGCGGUGUCGUCUUCCCGCCCGAGUAUGAACCUCUACCAAAGAACGUCAAGUUGAUCUACGACGGUGUACCUGUCACCCUACACAAGGAUGCCGAAGAAGUCGCGACCUUUUACGGAAGCAUGCUGAACUCCACUCACAAUGUUGAGAACCCCACCUUCAACAAGAACUUUUUCGAAGAUUUCACUGCCCUUCUCGACAAAACGGGACACGGCAAGGACAAGGACGGCAACACUGUCAAGAUCAAGAAGUUUGAGAAGUGUGACUUCAAGCCCAUAUUCGAGUGGUUCGACAGCGAGCGUGCUAAGAAGAAGGCUCUCCCAGCGGCCGAGAAGAAAGUGCUGAAAGCUGAAAAGGAGGCUGCAGAGGCUCGUUACAUGUUCUGUAUGUGGGAUGGUCGCAAGCAAAAGGUCGGUAACUUCCGCGUUGAACCUCCAGGUCUUUUCCGUGGCCGUGGUGAGCACCCAAAGACUGGCCGUGUGAAGAAGCGGGUUCUGCCUGAACAGAUUACCAUCAACAUCGGCGAAAAGGCCAAAGUUCCAGAAGCACCAGCCGGCCAUCGUUGGAAGGAGAUCAAGCACGACCACGAAGGCACUUGGCUCGCUAUGUGGCAAGAAAAUAUAAACGGCGCGUACAAGUAUGUCAUGCUCGCUGCCAACUCCGACAUCAAGGGCCAGAGUGAUUUCAAAAAGUUUGAGAAGGCGCGCGAACUCAAGAAGCACAUCGAUGGCAUUCGACAGGACUACAGGAGGGAACUCAAGUCAGAGAAGAUGGUUGAUCGCCAGCGCGCAACCGCGAUAUACCUCAUCGAUCAGUUCGCGCUCCGUGCUGGUAACGAGAAAGGCGAGGAUGAAGCAGACACAGUCGGUUGCUGUUCUCUCAAGUUCCAGCACGUCACUUUGAGGCCCCCGGAGACGGUCAUCUUCGACUUCUUGGGUAAAGACAGCAUUCGCUUCUACGAUGAGGUCAAGGUAGACCCGCAAGUAUUCAAGAACCUGAAGAUCUUCAAGAAGGCACCGAAGACGACUGGUGAUGACAUCUUUGAUCGUCUAACUACUUCUGCCUUGAACAAGCACUUGACAAGCUACAUGCCUGGCCUCACCGCCAAGGUCUUCCGUACCUACAACGCUUCCUACACAAUGGCCAGGCUUCUCAAGGAGAUGAAGGCGACCGGUAGCAUUCAAGAGAAGGUCAAGGCUUAUAACGAUGCCAACCGUGAAGUCGCUAUUCUCUGUAACCACAAGCGUACUGUUGCUGCUACUCACGCUACCUCAAUUGAGAAGAUGAACGAAAGGAUCAAUGGUCUUCGUUAUCAAGUAUGGAGGACCAAGAUGAUGAUGAUCGACUUGGACCCCAAGAUCAAGAAGAAGAAGGGUCCCGAGUACUUUGAGCGGCCCGAGGACCUAGACAUGGACUGGAUGAAGCAACAUCAGGAGGCGGAAGUGGAAGAGAUGCGCCAGAAGAUCACCAAGAAAUUCGAGAAGGACAAUGAGAAGCUGAAAGCCGAUGGCGAGAAGGAGAUGAAGCCAAAGGAGCUUGACGAGCGCCUCGAGAAGGCUGACGAGCUCGCCGCCAAGUACAAGAAGGAGAAUAAGACGGGCAAAGUCGAAGCUGAGGGCAAGGGCCCCACUGUCGACAAGCUGGAGGGCAACGUCGACAAGAUCAACCAGCGCAUUGAGAACAUGAAGAUCCAGAUGGAGGAUAAGGAAGGCAACAAGGAGGUUGCCUUGGGCACUUCCAAGAUCAACUACAUCGACCCUCGUCUCACGGUGGUGUUCUCCAAGAAGUUCGAUGUCCCGAUCGAGAGGUUCUUCUCCAAGACACUACGAGAGAAGUUUGACUGGGCUAUCAAGUCUGUAGAUGAAAAGUGGGAUUUCUAGAGAGAAAUGUGGUCUUCGGACAUGUUCGUACGGUUGCAUUAGGCAAGGAGCGGAGGCAUAGAGGCGUGGGUGGAUGAUGUCAUGCCCAAAAGCACGGCAAUUUUGUACAACUUCUGUAUGCGAGAUAGGCAGCACAAUCAGUAGGGUCGGCGAUCAUUUCUCUGCAGGAUUUACACAUAGCUUUAGCUGUAGUCGAUCUAUUCUUCCAUCUAAGAGUAGCUUCUACUUCAAUACGAUAGACUCGCGACUAG